GAAUUACAGGGGAAACCACACACACUGCCUGCAUUGCUGGCAAGUGAGAGAAGCUGAAUAAGAGAGUAGCACCUCCAAAGACGUAUGGAAAAAAUGAAAGCAUUCAGUUUAUUUAAUACAGCCGUUUGAUUUCUUCAGCCGCAGAACCAUGCUCCGCAAUGACUACAGAGGAAAGCACAGACUUGGACCAGGAAAUGUUUACAUUCCAACUCUUACGAUACAGACUGAAGAAAUGACUUGGCUUGGAAAGGCUCCGUUCCUGUAUUCUGGUGCUGGAAUCACAAGAAGUUCCAUUUGGUGAGCACACUUGGGACUCGUCAUUUCAAAAGGCUGCAUCUUGAAGUACUAGCCAUGGCUUUCAAUAACCUGGGGGCGAUGUAUAGUCUGGACGAAGAUUUCUAUGCAAGAAACUUUACUUAUCCGUUUAACAUCAACUACAGCGAUUAUGAGUUUGACGAUGAUGAUGUCACCAAGACAAGGACAUUUUACGCGGCAAAGAUAGUGAUUGGAGUGGCCCUUGUGUGCAUCAUGCUGAUCUGUGGCAUCGGAAACUUUAUUUUUAUUGCUGCCCUGGCUCGAUAUAAGAAAUUGAGAAACUUAACAAACUUGCUGAUUGCCAACCUGGCCAUUUCGGAUUUUAUAGUAGCCAUUGUGUGCUGCCCAUUCGAAAUGGACUAUUAUGUCGUGAAGCAGCUGUCCUGGGAGCACGGGCACAUCCUAUGUGCGUCUGUAAAUUACUUAAGAACCGUGUCUCUUUAUGUUUCUACAAAUGCACUGCUGGCAAUUGCAGUUGACAGGUAUUUGGCAAUUGUUCAUCCCUUAAAGCCUCGAAUGAAUUAUCAAACUGCUUCAUUCCUAAUUGGGUCUGUUUGGAUUGUCUCCUUGCUCAUUGCCAUACCCUCAGCUUACUUUGCAACAGAAUCGGUGCUCUUCAUGGUAAAAAGCCAAGAAAAGAUUUUCUGCGGACAGAUUUGGCCAGUCGACCAACAGAUUUAUUAUAAAUCCUAUUUUCUGUUUAUUUUUGCCAUUGAAUUUGUCGGCCCGGUCCUAACGAUGACAUUAUGCUACGCCAGGAUCUCCAGAGAACUUUGGUUCAAGACUGUACCUGGUUUUCAGACUGAGCAAAUCCGGAAACGACUGCGCUGCCGUAGAAAGACAGUGUUGGUGUUGAUGUGCAUCCUCACAGCUUAUGUUCUUUGCUGGGCUCCUUUUUAUGGAUUUGCCAUUGUUCGGGAUUUUUUUCCAACAAUUUUUGUCAAAGAGAAGCAUUACCUUUCCGCCUUCUACAUCGUGGAGUGCAUUGCAAUGAGCAACAGCAUGAUCAACACCAUGUGUUUUGUGACAGUUAAAAAUAAUACCAUGAAAUACUUCAAGAAGAUUAUGCUUUUGAGGUGGCGGUCCACAUACAGUGGAAGUAAAGGCAGCGCUGAAUUAGAUCUAAAAACCAGUGGGGUGCCUGUUACUGAAGAAGUAGAUUGCAUCAGGUUGAAAUAAAUAUUUAAAUAUAGAAGCGUGUGUAAUAUAUUUUCAUUCCUUAUUUAAUCUGAUUUACAGUAACAUUUUAAAAAGAUAUUAUGAUGUAUUAAAAAAAAAUCCCAGGGUAAUAUUUAAUUGCCACUAUACCUUCAUUUUUCUCAUUUUAACUCUCUAUUUUUCUAUUAAAACUAUGAGGAUGAAGGUGUAAUUAUUCUUCUGUUACCUCCAUUCCUUCCAGUUUUUAUUAAGGUUCUACUUGUUUGCCUUUCCUGAGCUUUCAUUGUCUAUUGUCCUGGUUGACCACCAACAUCCUUAUAAUCUCCAACAGCUUUCUUAUGUAUAGUUAUUAAAGAGGGGGUGAAGUCCAACAGGACAAGAGGCACAAUCUAGCUAUAAUGAGGGUGUGAUUCAACAGGAGGUCAUGACCAGUCAAAUGAGUUUGUAAAUUCAAUCCUUCAUAGUAUC